GCGGAGUCUCUGACCUUCCUCCUUCCCGCAGCCCCGGAGAGACGCGCGGCGGUCGCGCCAGCCUCCUCCUUUUCCUCCUCCUCCUCCCCAGGGAAGCCGUCCGGGCUUGAGGACGGGCCGCCGCCGCCCGCUUCGCCCCCCGCCCCCGCCGAUGGUGUCCGGCCCUCCGGCGCCCAGCCUGUGAGCCGCCAGACCUGCAGACCGCAGAUUCCCGCCUGCCCGCUGCUCCCUCCACCCGGCUGCGCCAUGUCUGGCUCCUACGACGAGGCCUCGGACGAGGUCACCGACAGCUUCUGGGAGGUGGGGAACUACAAGCGGACGGUGAAACGCAUUGACGACGGCCACCGCCUGUGCAACGACCUCAUGAGCUGCGUGCAGGAGCGCGCCAAGAUCGAGAAAGCCUAUGCGCAGCAGCUCACCGACUGGGCCAAGCGCUGGCGCCAGCUGAUCGAAAAAGGUCCGCAGUACGGCAGCCUGGAGCGGGCCUGGGGCGCCAUGAUGACGGAGGCGGAGAAGGUGAGCGAGCUGCACCAGGAGGUGAAGAACAGCCUGCUGGGCGAGGACCUGGAGAAAGUGAAGAACUGGCAGAAAGAUGCCUACCACAAGCAGAUCAUGGGCGGCUUCAAGGAGACCAAGGAGGCGGAGGACGGCUUCCGGAAGGCCCAGAAGCCCUGGGCCAAGAAGAUGAAGGAGCUGGAGGCGGCCAAGAAGGCCUAUCAUCUGGCUUGCAAAGAGGAGAAGCUGGCCAUGACUCGGGAGAUGAACAGUAAGACGGAGCAGUCGGUCACCCCCGAGCAGCAGAAGAAACUUCUGGACAAGGUGGACAAGUGCAGGCAGGAUGUGCAAAAGACUCAGGAGAAGUACGAGAAGGUGCUGGAAGACGUGGGCAAAGCCACGCCACAGUACAUGGAGGGCAUGGAGCAGGUGUUCGAGCAGUGCCAGCAAUUUGAGGAGAAGCGACUCGUCUUCCUUAAGGAAGUCCUGCUGGAUAUCAAACGGCACCUCAACUUAGCGGAGAACAGCAGCUAUACCCAUGUCUACCGAGAGCUGGAGCAGGCCAUCCGGGGAGCCGAUGCCCAGGAGGACCUCAGGUGGUUCCGCAGCACCAGUGGCCCUGGGAUGCCCAUGAGCUGGCCUCAGUUUGAGGAGUGGAAUCCAGACCUCCCCCACACCACCGCCAAGAAGGAGAAACAGCCUAAGAAGGCAGAGGGGGCCACACUGAGCAAUGCCACCGCAGCUGUGGAGUCCACAUCCCAAGCUGGGGACCGAGGCAGCGUUAGCAGCUAUGACCGAGGCCAACCGUAUGCCGCCGAGUGGUCAGAUGACGAGAGUGGGAACCCCUUCGGGGGGAAUGAGGCUAAUGGCGGCGCCAACCCCUUCGACGACGAUGCCAAGGGAGUGCGCGUGCGGGCACUCUACGACUACGAUGGCCAGGAGCAGGAUGAGCUCAGCUUCAAGGCCGGAGACGAGCUCACCAAGCUAGGAGAGGAGGAUGAGCAGGGUUGGUGCCGCGGGCGUCUGGACAGCGGGCAGCUGGGCCUCUACCCUGCCAACUACGUUGAGGCCAUAUAGCUACCCUGCCCACCCAAAUCCUCACUCCCUAUCCGCCGCCUCUCCCCUCCUCCUCCCCUUCGCCAUAGAGUUCCAGACAUAUUUUCCGAUCAAGCUUUUAUUUUUUUAAAAGUCAAAACAGAACAAAAGAAGAAAUGCAAAGAGACAGCAGUUGCAGCAGCCUACCUGGAGGCCAGGGUGGUGGGGCUUAGGACGAUGGCCCCAGCGUGGGCGAGGGUCUUGGGACUUAGCCCAAUUGUCACAUCUGCGCUACAGAGUCCACCAAAGAGUCUCCCGAGCCAUGAGGGAUUUCUUCUGGAUCCUUCUACCCUGCCUCACUGUUCCAGGCUGCCAGCAGCUGCCCUUGUCACCUGAGCCCGGCUCCCUAGCCCCUUCAUCCCUCCCCUGGCCCCUCCUACCACUACCCGCCCCUCACAGGUUUCCUCCAUACCCCAAGAAGGCGGUCUCCCAAUCUUUAGUCUUCCACUCUGCCCUGGGGGUGCUCUUGUCCCCGAUCUUUUGGUCACCUCCUCUGUGCAGGUUCCAGGGCUCUCUUCCCUUCCCCAGACAUGAAGGCAGGCGAAGCCGGAGGAAGUGAUGGCAUCCCUGGCACUCGGGGGAGCGAGGGGUAGACCGGUCCUCCCUCCGGGCUGCGCCAGCCCUCCCAACGCUAGGCCCACUUUGGGAGAUGCAAACCCUGUCUGGGCCCAUGGACAGAGGGCUCCUCCUCAGAGCCGCUCAGCAGCCUGCAGAGGCCCCUGGCCCUCUCCCGAGGCCUCGGCACUGGGCAGAGCCCCCCCCCAAGCCCAGGGCAAAGCCAGCAACAGUAGCAGCCUUCUCCCGUUCCCUGGGGUAGAGGCAUUGGCCACCCAUCCCCCUGCCUUCAUGGCCAUCCGGAAAUGCCCCCCCAUGCCCAUCACUGUGUCCACAUCAGCCUCUGUGAAGCCAACCUGCAGGGCUCUCAACCUUCCUUUUCUGGCUCUCAUCAGCCAACCUAGGAGAUGCAGGGGCUCAGGGGAGCAGCCAGGUCCCCUCUCAUUCAUCUGGGGAGACAGGCAGACUUAGGGGAGCUUCCAGCUUGGCACUGUAAGGGGAAGCCAGUGGCUCAGGCUGGCAUGGGAAGGGAACUCCAGAUGGUUACCAUAUCUUCCUUGUCCCUUCUAGUUUUCCAACACCCCCCCCGAAUGCUGGCAGCCCCCCACCUCCAUUUCUCUAAGCCUGAGUCUCCAUUAAGGGACUCUGGGGGUGGGAGGGGAGGGACACUGGCCCUUGCGGUUGGAAGCUGGGUAGAGCUCUCUCUCCUUUGGGGAGAACUGCCAGAGGCUGUGUACUUGGACUUUUGGGAACAAGGACCUGAGAUGUCCCAUGCUUACAGUUGGUGUCUGAUAGGCCUCUGGGUCACAGACACCCUCUGCCUCCCGAAUCAGGUGGCCUUUUGGGCCUCCAGGGAAAGUGUGCGACUCUGUGUUCUCUAGGACAAUUAGCUGCUUCUUCUGACACUGUUAACGUCAUGGGCCCAGGCGUUGGGGCUCUGAUCCCCCCGUCUCAUGAUUAGGACCGGGGCAGGGGCCUGUGGUGGACUAGGGGCUUCAGCUGCAGCCUAGGUUGGGUCCUGGGCCCCUCAGGACUGGAAGGAUUCAAAGUCCUCCUUUUUCCAUAGCUCCUCCUGCCUCCCCAGCUGGCAGGAGUCCUCCACCUCUACACCCCCCCCCUUACAACCCAGAAAGACCAGAAGCCGCUGUGUCUGCACCUUGGGGCCUGGGCUCCCCCUCUGCACAGCGGCUCCCAGCACUUGGGGAGGGGCUGUGGCCCUGACUCAGUACACUAGCUGCCCACUCCUGGGCAGGGACUGGAAAAAUCUAUCCCCUGUGAACAACCACCUUCAGUGACCCCUCUGGGACCACACUUGGUCGGUCCUCAAACUCCUCAGCACCUUGGUGCCGGAGGGUGCCCCCCUCCCCGUGAAGUCCCUAGAGCCCCGAGCCAAGUCCCACCUAUCAUUAUUGGUGUCAGGGCACUCAACCUCGGGCCGGACCGUACCCUGGCCGUGUCCACAUCCCUCCGUAACUCCCCAAGGGCCCCUUUGAUGCUGCACGGGACCCUGCAGGGCUCGGUCAGUGAUGUGUUAAACCCCAGUUAAACCACCAUCCUGCAGCCUAGUUCCAGGAGGAGCCCAGGCUGCCUUGCUGCCCGCCGCCAAUGCAUCUGCCGCCCUCGGCUUCCUGACUCCAUUAGUUCCGACACUUGUGAAACUCCGAGAAGUGCUGUGGUCUCAGCGAUGCACCUGUUUUGUACAUGAUUGUGUAAUUUAAAGGUAUAUAAAUACAAAUUAUAUAUAUAUAUAUCAGUUGUGACUGUAUGGCUGUGGAUAAAACAGAAUUCUGUCAA